GGUUGAAUAGCGAACGUCAGGAGGAAGCCAUGCCUCGAGCAGCGCUGCCAGCAUUCACACUAGACCUGUCUGUUUGAAUCUUCCCCGAGUGGCAAGGCCUGUAGUACAGGGCAGGCGCAGCAUGAUGCAGCAAGGGCGCGUUUGUCGGUCCUUCCAGGCAACAGGGCAGUGCUCGUAUGGAUCCAGAUGCCGCUGAUGCCUAUCAGCCACCAGCCAAUGAAGAGGAUGCAACGCCGUGCGCAGAUUUCUCUGGUCGAGCAGCACCACUGGUGAGCGUACAUCAGCGGAUCUCCUGGCCAGAGCCACGUGGGUGGCAGGGUCCAACGUCAGUGCCACACCCAAGCAGAAGCUCGCCGUGGCAGCCGGAAGGGGGGCGAGGCAGCUGGCAGUGGGGCCAGAGCAGAGGGGGCCGGGGCAAUGGGGGCCCCGUGAGAGGAGGCCCAGGGAGGGCGUUGAGCCCCGGGCAUGAGAUACGGCGGUGGCUGUAUCACUCCAAGCAACGGGGGAAGGUCAUUGACGGCUCCUUCCUGGCGGUGUCAUACAACAUCCUGUCCAGCCAGCUGGCAGCGGACCAUGCCCCGGAGCUGUACUGGCACGUGCCUCCGGCAGUGCUGGCCUGGGAGAACAGGCGGCGUGCCAUCCUGCAGGAGCUGCGACAGCUGGCACCCGACAUCAUCAGUUUGCAGGAGGUGGACCACUUUGACGAGAUCCAAGCUGACCUUGCCAGCCUGGGCUAUGAGGGCACCUUCAAAGGCAGGACGGGCGCUGAGAUGACGGACGGCUGCGCUACCUUUUGGAAGGCAGACGCCUUCUCCCUGGUGGCUGUGGAGGAGCUCGAGUUCCGGGACCUGAACCUGCGCGAGAACGUCGCACUGCUGGCCGUGCUCAAGCAUCAGGCGGCUCCAGAUGCGCCAGCAAGGCUCCUGGUGGUGGCCAAUACGCACAUACUCUUCAACCCCAAGCGCGGCGACAUCAAGCUGGCUCAGCUGCGGCAUCUAUUGGCGCAAGCGCACGAGCUGGCGCAGCAGCACGCGGGCGCGCCAGUCCUGGUCAUGGGCGACUUCAACAGCUCCCCCGAGAGUGCCCUGUACCAGUACCUGUCCACGGGUCAGCUCGACCUGGCCGCCACAGAUCGGCGCAACAUGUCUGGCGGGAUGGAGAGCGUCUGGCACGACGGCCGCCCCUGGCAGCCCUACCGUCCCAGCACCCGCAUCAGCAUCCUGCCAGAACCCUCACAGUCCAUCCUCCCUGUGUCGUCCACCGAAGCCGCCAGAAGGGGCAUUUCUGAGUCCCAAAACGCGCAAGCAGUUGCAGCAGGCAGCGCCGACGAAAUACUGGAGGAGAUCCCGGUUGAGCGAGGUCCCGAGGGAGCAGAUGCGCCUCGUUUCGAGACGCCGGACGACCCCGCGGUGCAGAGCGGGUUUACCGGGCUGUCGGCAAGCUUGGGGCGGGCUCUGAACAAUGAGCCGGGGCUUGAGCUAAAGAGAGGCCGGGGCGGCCAACCGGGGCCGACCAACGAGUGGCCUGCCAGCGGGGACAGCGAUCGGCAAAGGGGGUCGGGGAUGGACACCGAGGAAGAGCAAGUCCCGAGGAGGCGAAGGCUGCAAUCGGAGGGAGCGACCGGGGGCCCUGCUGCGGAUUCGGACCGGGAGGGAAGCGGGACGUCGAGCAGUGGGCAAGCGGAAAGUGCCCAGAACAUUGGAUUCCGUGACCGGCCGCCUGAUUCGGAAGAAGCGCCAGAGUUGGCGGAAUCGACGCGAGCGCCUGCAGGUGCUGAGAUUGCGGGAACGAGUCGUCAGCAGCUGAGCGGCGGAGAAAAUUUUCCCCAGCUUCUAGUGAAUGGCUCUCUGGGGCUUGAAUCGACGUCUACUCCCGCAGCAGCGGAGCCGAGCGGUCGUGCCGGUGUCAGCAGCGGAUGGCAGUCGCAGCAGCGGAACAAUUGGGGCCGGAGGCGGCCGCCUGGCAUCGAUUAUGUAUGGGAAGAAGAGGAGUUCUUGAUUGCGGCCGGGGGGGGCAGGGAUAGCGUGGUGAGGCACCCCCUGGACGGACUGAGGAGUGCCUACGCUACCGUGCGACAGCCGCGGUUCCGAGGGGAGGCAACUUGCGCUAGGGAGCCUGCGUGCACCACAUUCCAUGGCAAAGCCCGGGGGACCGUCGACUACAUCUGGUUCUCCCCUGGCCUCCGCCCGAUCCGCGUCCUCGACACGCCGCCCAUGCAGAGCCUGCAGCGCCUCCGAGGGCUACCGACCGAGCGAUGGCCAAGCGACCACUUCUGCAUAGCGUCCGAAUUCGCUUUCGUAGCGGAUAGCAAAUGACUAUGCCCAACUUACCACGGACGGGGACGCCAAAGCUUUAAAGUAGGUAGAUAUUGGAGCAGGAAGCGGUCAGAAGUUCUUGAUUCCGUAAGGUCGAACGAACGCGGAUAGGUAUCGAAGGUACAAGACUAUGCUACGUCAUAACGGUGCGCUCUCAGUAAGGUGUACAAGUCAUAGAGGAUCCUUGUUCUUUCUUGCGAAAAUGUUCAAUCAGUGGCUGCCGUGUGGCAGUCGCGUUCAGCACGC